AUGGCCACGCCGGUCAACUCGCCGCCCGCCACCAUACAGUUCCCGGUGACCCUCUCCUACGAUCGCGACGAUCGGAACCCCCACGGGAAGCGCAAGGUGAUCGACGAGAUGGAUUUCUUCUCUGACAGGAAACAGUCUGCCGCCGACGCCGACGCCGACGCCGAAGAGGCCGGCAGGACGGAGCCUUUCGCUGGCCGCGAUCCCCCCGCCUUGGAUUGUAGAGUGAACACUGGCUUGCACCUGUUGACGGCCAACACAGGCAGCGACGAGUCGAUCGUCGACGAUGGAGUUUCUUUCAACUCAGAAGACAAAAAGUCCAAAAAUGAGAUGGCCGUAGUCCAGGCGGAGAUGGAGAGGCUGAGCUCCGAAAAUCGUCGCCUGAGGGAAAUGCUAAAUCAGACGACGAACAGCUACAACAGCCUACAUACGCAUCUACUCGCGCUUACGUGGCAACAAAAACCCGAGCAAAGGCACGACGAAAUCGCCGAGGAGCACAAGACAAGCGCCCACGAAAGCAACGGGCUCCGCCAGUUCAUGGAUCUCGGUUUUGCCUCGACUAAUGAGGAUGCCUUGGGGUCUCCGUUUGAUGGUCAAACGAGCAGGCAAUCUCCCGAGUCGCACGAGAAGGAAGUCGAGGAAAGAGACGAGCCGGAAAGUAGUAGGGCUGCGGGCGGGCAAGGCCAUUACCGUGGAAGUGCCGACCAAGCCACCGAGGCCACCAUGAGGAAGGCUCGAGUGUCGGUUCGCGCUAGGUCUGAGGCCUCCAUGAUCACGGACGGAUGCCAAUGGCGAAAGUACGGACAAAAGAUCGCAAAGGGAAACCCAUGGCCUCGCGCAUACUACCGUUGCACCAUGGCCACUGGUUGCCCCGUCCGAAAGCAAGUCCAAAGAUGCGCGGACGACACAACCAUUCUCAUAACCACCUACGAGGGCAACCACAACCACCCUUUGCCGCCAGCCGCCAUGUCCAUGGCCUCGACCACCUCGUCAGCCGCCCGAAUGCUUCUCUCGGGCUCAAUGCCAAGCGCCGACGGGCUAAUGGGUACCAACUUCCUCAGGCGGGCCCUCCUCCCUUGCUCCUCCACCACGGCCACCAUCUCCGCCUCCGCCCCUUUCCCGACCCGGAUUGAACAAGUUGAUGAUCAUUUUUGUCAAUGUCUUUACGCGUCAUGA